AUGAAGCAAUUCCUUGCUCCAUCCACUCUUCUCCUUGUGGUUCUGCUCUUUCCAGGACUUUCCGGAGUCACACAUGCUAACCACCAGGACCCCGAGGGUCCCAGGAAGCAAGAAGAAUCCCCGGGACGGGGAACAAACAGGUCUCACCCACUUCACUACCAAGUAAAGCGCUACCUCGGGCCUCGCCAGCCCCCCUUCCCAGAUGCAGAUUCAGGAUUCAAAGUUGUCAGGUGCACAAAAGGCAAUAGCAAAUGUCAAAAAUUUUGUAAUUACAUGGAAUUCCAAUUAGGCUAUUGCUCUAAAAAAAAAGACGCCUGCUGCUUACCUUUGAACUGA